ACUGUGGUCAUAUUGCCGGCGGCGUCACUUGCCAAAAAUUUUCGCGUCGCAAACAUUUUCUGGAAUCUUUUGAGUGAAAAUACGAAGAAAGAAAAAGGAUAAAAGAGGAAAAUGGCAGCAGCUAUCGAUGGCGUUUUUCCGUACACUUUGCAGGAGCUUGUGAAGAAAUCAAAAGUUCUAGUCGUGGGUGCUGGCGGCAUCGGCUGCGAGGUGCUGAAAAACCUUGUGCUCAGCGGCUUCACAGACAUCGAAAUUAUCGACCUAGACACUAUAGAUUUGAGCAACCUCAAUCGGCAGUUCCUUUUUCAUCGGGAGCACGUUGGCAAGUCGAAAGCGCGGGUGGCAAGGGAGAGCGCCCUGAGCUUCAAUCCAGAUGCCAAUAUAACUGCUUACCACGAUAGUGUAACGUCAACCGACUACGGAGUCAACUUCUACAAGAAGUUUGAUUUGGUGCUCAGUGCUUUGGACAACCGGGCCGCCCGUAUCCAUGUAAAUCGCAUGUGUCUGAAUGCCGACGUUCCGCUGAUCGAGAGCGGAACCGCCGGCUACAGCGGACAAGUGGAACUGAUCAAACGCGGCCUCACUCAGUGCUAUGAGUGCACUCCCAAAGAGAAGCAGCGCAGCUUUCCUGGCUGCACUAUCCGCAACACGCCCUCGGAGCCGAUUCACUGCAUCGUCUGGGCCAAGCAUCUGUUCAAUCAACUCUUUGGUGAGUCUCUGGAUGAUGAGGAUAUUUCGCCCGAUGCAGCUGAUCCAGAUGCCCAGGAGGCCGCAGUAAGUGCAGACAGUGAUGGAGCUAGCGGAGAUGCUACUCCAAAAGUGGUCGAUAAGGAAGAAGAGAAGGAGCCUAAGGAAGACAAGGAGGAUGAUUUGGACAAUGGCAAUGUGGUGCGCAUUAACACUCGUCAGUGGGCCAAGGAAUGCAAUUAUGAUGCUGGCACGCUGUUCAACAAGUUCUUUAACGAGGACAUUAACUGCUUGCUCCAAAUGGGGAAUCUCUGGCUGACACGCAGGGCACCCGUUCCAGUCCAAUGGGACACUCUACUGCCCGAGAGCAAGUCCGAUGAUAACCCUGAGAUUGCCAAGCAGCAUCACAAGGUCUGGACCCUUGAGGAAUGUGCAUCUGUCUUUGCCAGUGCGUUGAAGGAUCUGAGUGCAAGUUUCCUGAAGCUGGAGGGUGAUGAUACGUUGUCUUGGGACAAGGACGACCAGCCUGCCAUGGACUUCGUGGCCGCCUGUGCCAACGUACGCUCUUAUAUCUUCAAUAUUGAGCGCAAGUCGCGCUUCGAGAUCAAGUCGAUGGCGGGAAAUAUCAUUCCGGCUAUAGCCACUACCAAUGCCAUAACUGCCGGCAUUUCCGUGCUACGCGCCUUCAAUGUGUUGGAGGCCAAGUGGACUCAAUGUAUUACCGUUUAUGCACGCCUUAGGCUGAAUCCGCGUAACCAGUUCCUGGUACCAGAUGCCUGUCUUCCCGGUCCCAAUCCCGACUGCUCUGUGUGUUCGAAGGAUCCGGCUAUUACGCUGAAGAUUGAUACAAAGCGAAUGACCAUCCGGGAGCUGCGCGACGAGGUGCUAAUCAAGACGCUCAAUAUGGUGAAACCUGAUGUGGAGGUGCCCCUAACCAGCACCGUUUUGCUUUCCUCAGAAGAAGGGGAGACCGAUGACAUCGAGGGCAAGCUCCUAAGCGAGAUGAACAUCGUAGAUGGUGUGAUCCUUAAGGCCGACGACUUCUUCCAAAAUUACGAGCUGCGGAUUAUAAUCUCUCACUUUGAUGCCGAGAGAGAGGAUAAUUUGUUCGAAGUGGUGGCGCAGGCCAAACAACUGCAGCCCAAAGAGGAGGAAAAGAUUAUUGAAAAGGAGGUGGAAAAAGAGGAGGAGAAGAAAGAUUUAGAUAAAUCUGCGAAGAAGCGUUCGGCUAAUGGUGCAGGAGAUGCCACUGACGAGGGACCCUCCACAUCGAAGCGCAGCAAGCCCACCGAUGUGGAUGUGGUAGACGACGAUGACGACGACGAUUGCCUGUUGAUCGAGGAGGACGAGGAUGAGGCAGAAACUGUGGCAGUCGCCACAGACAAGCUAUCCGUGCAGAGUCCUCCAAAGUCCGGCACGAAACGCAAGCCCAGCGAUGUGAUCGACGAUGACGAUGAGGACAUUACCGAGAUUCUGGAUUCCUCCGACGAGGAGCCAGCGGGACCCACCAAGUGCAAGCGUACCCGUUUGGAUGAGUCUCUAUCCAAUCCCAUAGAAGUCAUCAAUAUCGAUUAAUCAUUAAAACAAAAAAAACGCCGUGGAUAAUAUCUCAACUGCAGUUUUAAAAUGAAAUACUUGUGUACAUUUGCAACUAUUAAAACGCUCACUUUGAAAUUGAGUCGAAUAAUGAAUAGUUGAGUGGAUCCGCUCGAAUGAAA